AUCACGUAAUGGCGGACUCGGGCCGGUGGAGUGCGGCUAGGGGCGUAGCGCUCUGAAGUGGGGCUCCGACUGUGUGGCAGCCCGCAAAGCGGUGGGCUGGAGCGCACUCCGUGGGGACACGGACCGGCCGGCCAGCCCUUCAUGUCUCUGAGUGCGACUGCGCGAGGUCAGGUUGUUUUUCAUCAUUGAGAACAUUGCCUGAAGCAGGUCCACCAUGCCGUUAGUAACCAGGAACAUCGAGCCAAGGCACCUGUGCCGUCAGACGUUGCCUAGCGAUACAAGCGAGCUGGAAUGCAGGACCAACAUCACCCUGGCAAAUGUCAUCCGACAGCUGGGCAGCCUGAGUAAAUAUGCAGAGGACAUUUUCGGAGAGCUUUGUACUCAGGCAAGUGCCUUUGCCUCCCGGGUAAACUCCCUUGCUGAGCGGGUUGACCGAGUACAAGUUAAAGUCACUCAGCUGGAUCCCAAGGAAGAAGAAGUGUCGCUACAAGGAAUCAACACUCGGAAGGCCUUCAGAAGCUCUACCACCCAAGACCAGAAGCUUUUUGACAGAAAUUCUCUGCCAGUGCCUGUUUUAGAAACCUAUAACAGCUGUGACUCUCCUCCACCUCUCAACAAUCUAAGUCCUUACAGGGAUGAUGGGAAAGAGGCACUCAAAUUCUACACCAACCCUUCCUACUUCUUUGAUCUUUGGAAGGAGAAGAUGCUGCAGGACACCAAGGAUAUCAUGAAAGAGAAGAGAAAGCAUAGGAAAGAAAAGAAAGAUAAUCCGAAUAGGGGGAAUGUAAAUCCACGCAAAAUCAAGACACGUAAGGAAGAGUGGGAGAAAAUGAAGAUGGGACAAGAAUUUGUCGAAUCCAAAGAAAAACUGGGACCUUCUGGAUACUCAUCCACCUUGGUCUACCAGAAUGGCAGCAUUGGCUCUGUUGAAAAUGUGGAUACAGGCAGCUACCCACCACCACCACAAUCAGACUCCACCUCCUCACCUUCUCCUUCCUUCUCUGAAGACAACUUGCCUCCCCCACCAGCAGAAUUCAGCUACCCUGCAGACAACCAAAGAGGAUCUGUCUUGGCUGGACCCAAAAGAACCAGCGUGGUCAGCCCAAGCCAUCCACCCCCAGCUCCUCCUCUGAGCUCUCCACCAGGCCCCAAACCUGGCUUUUCUCCACCACCUGCUCCUCCACCUCCACCUCCAAUGGGUGUGCCGCCUCCACUACCACCUAUAGGAUUUGGGUCUCCUGGGACCCCUCCGCCACCAUCACCUCCAUCUUUUCCACCUCACCCUGAUUUCGCGGCCCCUCCCCCUCCCCCUCCCCCACCAGCAACUGACUACCCAAUGCCACCACCUCCCUUGUCCCAACCAGCUGGAGGUGCUCCUCCCCCUCCCCCUCCUCCUCCCCCUCCAGGGCCCCCACCUCUCCCCUUUAGUGGUGCUGAUGACCAGCCUGCUGCACCACCACCACCUCUUUCUGAUGCCACCAAGCCCAAGUCCUCUUUGCCUGCUGUGAGUGAUGCGCGUAGUGACCUGCUUUCCGCCAUCCGCCAAGGCUUUCAGCUUCGAAAGGUUGAAGAGCAGCGGGAACAAGAGAAGCGUGAUGUGGUGGGCAAUGAUGUGGCCACCAUCCUGUCACGUCGGAUUGCUGUUGAGUACAGCGACUCGGAAGACGAUUCCUCUGAAUUUGAUGAAGACGACUGGUCGGAUUAACUUUCUGCCUGCUGCCCACAUUCCUUUUUCUGUCCUUUCUACCUGCCUUCUUGAUGUCAUAACAGUCUCGUGGGGGAGCAAGGGAGGAUGUAGAAUUGCAAGGGCCAAAGUCUUCCCUGGAGCAACCAAAGAUCUAACCAAGUGUUUCCUCCAAGUCCUCAUGUACGUCUUCCCCUCUUCCUUGGCUGUGGACUCUUGAGGGUCCAUAGCUGAGCUGAUCCCUCUUCUCCUCAAGUGACUGUUAACUAUUGAAAGGAAGGAAAACCCUACAGCAUAUCCCUUUGGUUGGGUUUCAACUGGAGAUAGUGCCUUCUCCUAAGAACCCUUUUAGCCCAUGGCCUUCCUCAGAACCCUUCCAUUUGGCUACUUCAAAUAAUGCUGUCUCCUGGUCUUAAAGCAAUAGGUACGGCCUGUGUGGAUACACACGGUCCCUUUUCUAUACCUGAGAGUAUAGGACAGGCCACAUGCUCUGGCAACCAGACUGUCAUCCCUUCCCCCACCCGACACUCAGCCCUCUGCAGCAGGUAGGGCUGCUUCUGUUCAGCCCUGUCUGGAUGCCUUUGUUCCAGAAGGCAUCAGGCCCCUAAAGAAUGUCUCGCUCCUUUGCCCAGAAGUGAUGCCUUCCUGGAGGCUGGGCUGCUGCCUUCCUCCCAUGCUCCUUAGUGAGCGUGUUCAGGCGUCCUUUGCAUGCCCCUCCCUCACCCUAUGUGCCUUUAGACUGCACAGCCCAGUUUUAACCUCUGAUAUUCAUGACCAAACUAGCCCUGACGCACAGGGACCUGGGCCUCUGCUGACUGUCAGGAGCACCGCGGGACUGGAGGAGAAAGGAAUACCUUGGCUCCUACCCUCAAGGUCACACAGAUAGUGACAGAGCAGAGCCCAGGCUUCCUGUUUCCAAGUCACCUGUGUUUUCUGGGACCAAAUAAUGAGCACCUGCUGGAGUGUGGGCAAAGCAGCCCUGGCUCCAUUCUACUCCAGACCUCCCGAAUGCAGGGCUCGCAGUCUGUGCCAGCCCAGCUAGUACAACUUUGACACUCACAGCCUCUCUUGUAACCGUUUAUUUCCCCCUUCUAUCUCCAGCCAAUCAUGUGGCAUAGGAGCUAUGCUGGGGAACCAGAGUAGAGAGGAGGAGUGGGGUGGCCAGCCUUGGCAGGUGCUGCUGCUCCCUUCCCCUUUUGUUUCUCCAGUUUAAGCAUAGGUACUGCCAGCUGUAGAAACUUCAGUCCCUCAGGCUGGCAGCCGCAGCAGGUACCUGCCUGGGGGUCCUGGCAGCCAUGAAGGCUGAAAGG